AUGGUUGAUCGCCACGCCGGUAUCAAGUCUUCUCUGUUCAAGCUUCAGCACCAGGGCAACUUGAAACAGCACGUCUUACACAAAGGCAGUGAGUGUAUCCUGCAAAGCCAGUUUGCCACCGCCAAGUGUUGA